CAAACCCUCAGGUAACAUAAUAGAACAAAAAUUGACUGAAAUUUCAGUCAACUGGUCCUAGGAACCACCUUUCAAAUAGCAAACAUUGUUGUUGCCUUGCCUUAGAGCUGCCCUUGUACGAAAUUGUUUGAUUCUCCAGUCCAGUCCAGUCCUCCUCAAACCGACGAUACUGUUGGCCACUGGCCGGCCUUUCCUUUCAAAAUCCCCUUCCUAGUCCUAGUCCUAGUCGUCUUCCCCAAGAAACAAACGUCCUUUCAUUUCAUCUCUUCUCAAUUCUCUCUCCCUCCCCUCUCUGUUCUGCUUCAGAUAAGAUUUUCUUCUUAUAUCACCAAAACAGCUUUCCCCCUGAGCUGAGCCUGCAUUUGAUCAAUCCCCAUGGAGAUCCUGACAGAGAGUUCAACCAUCAGCCCUAGGAUUUCCUUCUCCCACGACCUCACCUUGUACGAUGUCGUGCCUGUGGAGCAGCCCCACUUCAAGCCUGAUUCACACUCCGCGCUCAACCCGGGCUUCGAGUUCGACCUCGGCAACCCCCAGAGUUUCGACCACGAGUCUUGCUCUGUGGCGGACGAGCUCUUCUCCCAAGGGAAGAUUCUCCCCACAGAGAUCAAGAAGAAGACCACCACCACGUCUUCAACGGCUCCAAUCCUUAAAAGGGGAGGAGGAGGAGGAGGAGGAGGAGGAGGAGGAGAAGAGCAAGUACGCCGCGUGACUUCUCUGCAGUUUUCAGCUGCAGGAAGGGAGCCGAGCAUGAAGCAGAAUCCGAAACUGAGCGGUGAACCUGAGAAGCAGCAGAGCUCGAAUUCGAAGUCGUUCUGGCGGUUCAAGAGGAGUAGCAGUUUGAACUGUGGGAGUGGAUAUGGGAGGAAGCUGUGUCCCCUGCCGCUCCUGUCGAGGAGCAACUCGACCGGGUCCACGGAAGUGCCAUUGACAAAGGAAGGCCAUCCUUAUUAUCAGAAACAGCAGCAGCAGCUGCUGCCAAGUAAUUGUUCUCAAAAGCACCCUCCUCCUGCUCCUCCGCCACCACCACCACCACCUCCUGCAUCGAAGCCGCUUCAAGCUCGGUUAUCCAAUGGUUAUAACCAGAGUCAGCGGCCUCCGCUGAGGAGGAGCGGUGUUACCUCUUCUUACAAUGGGAGUACCAAUACCAUGAGGGUCAAUCCAGCUUUGAAUGUGCACUCGGGGAAUCUGUUUGGGUUAGGUUCCAUCAUUUUCAAUGGGAAGGAUAAGAACAGGAGGAAGUGAUUGUUCUUGUUCCUGAUCCUCUGCUGUUUGCUUGUCGCUGUGGAUAACAUCAUGCAUGCAGUAAUGCAGUCUCUGAAAUUGAAUUAUAUUUCAUUGUGUUUAAUUAUGUUUAUGAUCAUAUGGUUGAAUUAUAUGUUGUUGACAUUGCCAA